AAGCUGGGGGAGUCUUGGGAGAACAUGGCGGCUGAGGGUUGAGGCGAGGCUGACCCUGCCGAUGUUUUGAUCGUGUUUACUGUCUCCUGCUCUCACUUCUAGGACCAACUUGUGAAUACGAAAUGACGUCGUUACACUGUGUUAUCCACCCCCUGCCGGGCACCGAGGACCAGCUGAAUGAGAGGCUGAGAGAAUUGGGCCUUCGGCUGAAUUGGUCAGGGGGUGUUGGAGUGAGUGCAGUAGCAGGGUUGAGAGAGAAUAUCCGGCAGGUUGCUAUUGGCCCCUCGCACAUUGCAGUGCUUACUGAGGAAGGUCGUGUGGCCCGAUUGGUGUUUUCGAUCAAUACCGAUGCUCUUGAUCUCAACAAAACUGAACAAAAGCAGGGAAACUGCAACAAGGGGAGCACUCAGAGUAGCACCAAGCUAACAGCACGCAUGUCCACUGGUGGACGCCGGAUUGUUCGCACCACAUCUGGGUCAGGAGGUGUGAGGGGACGGGGAGCUGGAGUAAUCAUGGGGUCAUCUCGCCCCAUGUUGCCAGCUCAGUAUGUCCCUGAAGAACUUAUUUCCCAGGCACAAGUUGUACUGCAGGGAAGGAGCCGCAACCUUAUCAUCAGAGAGCUUCAGAGAACCAACCUUGAUGUGAACUUGGCUGUAAAUAACCUUCUGUCAAGAGAUGAUGAGGAUGUGGAAGAACCAGAAGAGAGUGGUGAUUCAUAUGUGCCAGAAGACCUCAUCUCCCUUUUAGAUGCUGGAAUAUCUGUGGCUGCUGACCAUCCCUCUGUGAUAAUAGAUGCUGAUGCCAUGUUUUCUGAUGACAUGUUUGGGUACUCCUCAGUGCGCAGUCGAUCUGGAGGAAGCCGGGGACGAGCAGGAGAACGUGACCGUGAAGGCUCUGCCGGGUCCACUGGCUCAGAGCAUCGAGCCGACAGAGAGCUGAGGUGGAGGGACCGCCAUUAUUCAGGACCCCGCAAAUGGCUCUCAAAUGCACUGCUUUCAGUUCGAGUAGCACAACCCCACUCAGAAACAGGAAAGAAGAAGGAUUCGCUUCUACCAGAUGCUAUUGAUGUGGCUGACAACCUACAAUACUGGCCAGAGAGGCAAGGGAAUCUUAGUGCUCUACGGUUCUCACACAUUGCUGCUCUUCAUUCUGAGCUAGUAGCUGUGUCAACAACAGGACAGCUUUACCAGUGGCGCUGGGCUGAUAAAGAUCCAUAUGUCCAUCCAGAGCUGCCAAAUGUACACCAUCCCAAGGCUGUUCCAUUGGGGUUGUUAGGGGAGAGGGUAGUUUCUAUCAGUGCUGCAGGAGUAAGGUGCAGUGUGGCUACGGAAUCUGGCCGAGUUGCAACCUGGCUGGAUGAGACUCUAGCUGAUGUGGCCACCAAAUUAGAACAACCAGCACAGUCAUUCCCAGAAUUGCAGAAUGAGCGCAUAUUAUCCCUCCAUACAUGUCAGCUGUAUACGUGUGCCUGGUGUGAGUCUGGUUCUCUCUUCUGGUGGGGUGUCUUGCCCUUCAAUCAACGAAAGAAACUUUGGGAAAAGUUUCGCAGUAAGAGUCGCAAGCAGCGCUCAGAGAUCACAGAAGGAGUUCAGGUUGGCAUGCGAUCAUCACCCAUGUAUCACCCAGGUGCUCUUGCCUUCUCCACCUCUGGUGGUGUCCCUAAAAUUGGACAGUUAAUCAAUGCUGCCUGGAAUCUUAGUGACACCUGCAGGUUCAAGAUUCUUCCUCCUGGAGGAGUGAUGAGUGGAUCCAGUGGAGGAGGGGGAGGCAGCAGUAGUGGUGGUGGUGGGAGCAGCUCCUCUAGCUCCAGUAGCAGUUCAUCAUCAGGUUUUCAAUCUAACAGUGGCAGUUCAUCAUCUCAGGGCGUAUCUAACAGUGGAGGGGGUGGGAGCAGUGGCAGCACCAGUGGAAGCAGUGGAAGUGGAGAAAAGAAGAGUUUAUCAUCUGAGGUUUUGGGGUCAGCAGCCAAAGCCCUAAAGUGUGGAGACAGUAAAGAAACCUCUGACAAGCUGGACAUGCCUCCACCACCAUCCCCAGCAUCCAGUACCUGCUCAGAUACUGGUUCCAUCACAUCCCCUGCAUCUUACAAGCGGGGAAAGAGGCCUGCCCCUCGGGAUGAAAUGGAGCGAUUUGAUGAAGAAGAGUGGCCACUGCGAGAUGUUAUCUUUGUUGAAGACACAAGACCAGUACCAAUAGGAGAAGUCCUGGCUGUUGAUGGAAAUCAGGUUGUAGUUGUACCUCAGACCAAAGAAGGGAAGGGUAACCUGCGAGUGAUCCACCGUGACCAGCUGCAGGUGAUCCGUGCAGGAGGGAACCCUCGCGUGCCUGACUGUUAUCAAAAGACUCCCAAGAGGAUUCCUAUCUCAGAGCAAGGCCAGAUCCUCACUGUGGCAGUGGACAGUAGAGGAAUACAUGCCAUUGUGAAGAAUGGUAGCCGCCUCACUUAUGCCAUAUACAAUUUGAGCUCAGGCAAGGCUGAGCAAGAAUGUAUGUUUCCCACUGACAGUACAGCAUUUAUGGGUUCUGAACCUUCGGGUAUCUCACUUACUAUAACUGGUGAGAGUGAAAACGUGGGUGUUCUGCGUGAUGGAAACAGCACUAUCUACCCCUUGAGUAAAGACUGUGUUGACUCUAUCAAAGACCCUCACUGGCCAGAUCUCCCUCCAGUGUCUUGUUUGGGGGUAGCCACACACUUCCUUCAUGGAGCUGGUGCCCACCAGAAAAAUCAUGUGGCAAUACUUGUCCUUGCACUCAAAACUCAAACAUUGAUGCCUAAAAUUCUUCGCUGUGAUCCUGAGGGUGUGAGGCAGGUCUUGGCUCUUCUUGAGAAUGAUACUCCAGAUACCUUAUCCAAUCUUACUUCAGAGGCAAUAGUAGAAGAAAAAUGUGAUGGUAAUCGUAACAUCCUCCAUGCUUGCAUAUCCACCUGCUGUCCUGUUACAAGCAAGGAAAGUGAAGGAGAAUCUGUACUGGAAAAAGACCCAAUUUUGGGCAGUUUUGCCUGGCCACCAAGCUCCUCUGAUACUCUGAGUGACACUGCUAGUGGUGCUGGGCCUGAUGAUGAUCUCAUCACCCCAUCUUCUUCCAAAACUGCACCUGGACCUAGCAUGCCCACUAUUGGAACCUCAGACCCAACAGAGCGGAAAUCUUUCUCAUUAACCAUAUUACGAACCAUUUGUGACAGUCCUUCAUUGGCCCCACACUUAAGAAACUUAUUGAUUGCUAAAGACUCCAAUGGCUUCACCCCAUUCAUGCUAGCAGUGUCUGGACGAGCUUAUCAGGCAGCUCUCAUACUGUUUGAUGUGAUUCAUCGUGUGGCUCUUGAAAGUGCACUAGAUGCAGAGAGUGUGCGACGAGCAGUCACUCAAAUGAUAUUUCCACGAGGAAGUAAUCCUGAUGACUCUCCACUACAUGUGUUGUGUUAUAAUGACACUUGCUCCUUUACUUGGACAGGGGCAGAACAUAUCAAUCAAGACAUAUUUGAGUGCAGAACUUGUGGAUUAGUUGGUUCCUUGUGCUGUUGUACAGAAUGUGCAAGAGUUUGCCACAAAGGUCAUGACUGUAAACUAAAGAAAACUUCACCAACAGCAUACUGUGAUUGCUGGGAAAAAUGUAAAUGUAAGGCACUUAAAUCUGGGCACCAGACUGCACGGUUUGAUCUCCUGUCCCGCUUGAUAACAGAAACGGACCUUGUUAAUAUUGCAAAUGGGCGUGGAGAAAAUCUUCUCUUGUUCCUUGUACAAACAGUUGGACGGCAAGUGACAGAACAGAAGCAGUGGUCUAGGAGUCGCUCUACAUCUUCAGCUCGAAAAAACACCUUGUCGGAGGUGACCAUGGAGGUUCCAGACCAUGACCUUGAGCCUCCAAAGUUUAGUCGACGAGCCUUAGAACGCCUCUUGAAUGACUGGGCAGCCGUAAGGGCCAUGGUAAUGACGGGUCACAAGGAGGAGGUUCCUCCAUCAAAUGCAUCUACUGAUGAAAUCAACUUCAUGCAGUAUCAGGGCCAUACUACUCACUUAGACAAAUUUACUUACUGUCUUCUUGUGAAGUUGGCAACUCAGGUCGAGCCCCGUAACCUCAAACUUAAGCAGCUUAUAAACAGUGAUGAUGAUGAACGUAAGAUGAUUGCAGAUACCAUGGUCACAGCCCUCAUCAACACUCUCAUUAGAGAACUUCAUAAUGACAGUGUUCCAGGGCGAAAGCAAGAAGCAGAAAAGGUUGCUCGAAGGUUCAUAGCAUCAGUUGUGCGCAUCUUUGUGAUUUUGGCCAUAGAGAUGAUUCCUAAUGCUGGGAAGAAGAAACCAGGAAGUUCAUAUACACAACCAUUGGCCAAGUGCAUCAAGGUGUUUGAAUCACUGAUUCCUGUGGCAGUGACAGAACUCUGCGAUGCUGCUGAUGCUCUCAUGCUUCCUGUGCGCCUCAACUAUGUCAAGCCAACUGCUCCUUUCCCUCUCACCUCUACCCAUGUAGAUGCAAAUCAUGGCUGUAAGGAGAUGUUUGAGGUGGAGCCACUGCAAAGAUAUCACCAUCGGUUUGGAGGAGGCAGCAUGGAGCAGCCAUCCACCUCGACCAGCAGCAGCAGAGGUGGGAGUGUUAGCAUGAGUGGUGCACCUGGGGAAGAAGUAGAAGAGGGAGGUGAAGAGGAGGUGGCACCCAGCAUGUCACGACCUGGGCCAGCACCUGCUUCAAGGUCACGAAGGACUCGACCAGACCACAUCCUCCCUCCUCAAGUUGAUGAUCAUGAUAAUGAAGGUGGCAGUGAAAGAGAUGAUGCAAAUGAGCGCUCUGAACAAGAAGGUGACGGUGUUGCCGAGGUGGAAGGGGGAGAAUCAGACAUGGAACUGGAUCUUUUAGCAGAAUCUGAUAGUGACAGUGACGACAACCAAUCCGCUGUAGAUAACACUUCUGCACAGAGGUCAGUUCAGACUGGUGCGACAGCUGGCAGUGAUGGUGAAGAUGACUCUGGGGAAUCAUCACCAGGGGAAGAUGAGGAUGAUGAGAGCGAAGCAGCUGAAACUGAUGAAUUUGACUCUGCAGAGCUAUUCUCUGAUGAGCAGCUGGAGAGGAGAGGAAACACCUCUUCCACAGCACGUAACAUUGCUCCUCAUAAUCUUCAGUGGGCAGUUAGAAAUCCAAGGGACACCAGUUCACGUUCAGGAGGAACCACAGGAGGACCAGCAGCAACAGGUUCCUCAAGUACAACAUCAAGUGGACUAAUAUAUAUUGACCCAACAUCACUUAGGCAUGGUCCAACAUCCAGCUCCUCUGUGACUCCUUCUUCCCAUGAGCCAGUCAGUUUGGCCACCACAAAUAACACCCUGGCCAGAGCUUUUACCAUUGUUGUUAGGCAAAUGAGUUCACUCUUAAGUCUAGCUUGUGAUUUAGUAAGAGAUGGAGUCCUGACCUCUAGAACACCAGGAGGAGGAGCAGGGGCAAGCAGCAUUCCUGGUAGCAGUGGAAGUAGCACCACUGCCAAUCAGAUCUGCUUGACACCCACCAUUAUAUCAGCUCUCCUCAAGCAGGUGGAUGCACGGCUCCAGCCAACAUGGGACUGGUUGCUAAGUCUAAUGGACUCAACAGAAUCUCAACUGAGAUUUGGCCGUGAGUUGAACCAGCUGAUUGAGGGCAGUGGUGGAGGAACUACAACCACAUCUACAUCAGCCCCUGCAGGGAUUCCAGCAUCUCGGCCCCGGGAGCGAAGUGCUGGCAGGACAGGACUGUUCAUCAGGGACCCUCUUACAGGACCCUUGUCCAGAUACCAGAGUGCCAGGAGGGGGGCUCGUGCUGUGGCCAGCACUGCAGACCCCCAGAAUGCCAGAAGGGAUACUCUGUCAUAUGUUGUGUCCCUCUUAAGAGCCCAUAAAAAUGAACAUUGUGAUACAUUACCAGACAUCGAUGUUGGCUCACUGAAACAUAUAGCAUAUGUCUUCGAUGCACUCAUCAGUUACCUUCGAUGCUGUGAGAGUGACAGCAGUGCCCACAUAGAUUCUGGUGGAGCAGAGUGCACUGGCUUCUCUUGGGAGCGGGAUGAAAAUGAAAAUGAAGAUGACAUGGAUGAUCUCCCUUCCAUCACUCCAUCAGCUGGGGACAGUGAGUCAACUGAUGAAGACUCAAACCUCUCCAAUUCCAGAGGAAGGAAACACACCUUCUUCCAGAGAUCCCAGUCUACUUUGUGUCUGGGAUCUCUAGGUCCAGAUGUCUUCAGCACCAGCCUGCAGGAAGCACUGCCUCUUGCUGACAAGCCUCAUCUUCUCCAACCUAAUGCUCGCAGAGAAGAACUUUUUGGCAUUCCACGAGCACAUUCACACAAUUCUGGGACUGAGACAAGAACACCACUGGACACUCCUCUGUCUCGUCUUGGUGUGCUGGACAACUUGCACAUGGUAGGCCCAUAUCCACCCACACCUCCACAAUCUUAUGCCCAUAUGUUGGGAUCCGUGCGAACUGUAGACCACCAGCCAACUGACCUCUCCGUUUAUUCAAGUGGACACAUGAGAGAUAUCAAGGAUGAAGAUAUGAGUGAAGAUAGUGGAGAGACUUCACAAGAGAGGGCUCCAAUUAUCGUUUCCCCAAGGCGAACUGGAAGCAGUCUUGCUGAGGGUAUCAGUGACCACACCAAUAAUGCAGCUGGCCACUUUUCAUCAGAAUCUACUCCAACCAGAGCCAGUGUUAAGAGUGUUAUUGUAAGAGUUGGAUCAUCACCAGUGUCAAGUGCAUUCAAGUCUGAGGGGAGCACAUCCUCAUCCCUGGCACCCAACCUGGCCUCCACUUCCACAACCUCCUACACCCCUGGCUGUAUUGGUGGGCGGGGAGGGACUGACCUGCUGGUUGUUCCCCUGGAUGGCCGCAGCAGCCGUGGGUCCGAGAUGGGCGUCCACACUCCUCAUGAUGUGUCAGCAAAUGUUACCAUUGAUACCACACAUGACCAGAUGAAGCCAACAUUGUUGAGAAAUGGAGUGACUCAAGACUUGCUGUUGGGUCGUUGGAGGCUAACAUUAGAGUUGUUUGGAAGAGUGUUUAUUGAUGAUGUUGGUGCUGAGCCAGGUUCCAUAAUUGCCCAACUAGGAGGCUUCCCAGUAAAAGAGGCAAAGUUUAGAAGGGAAAUGGAGAAGCUUAGAAAUUGCCAGCAACGUGACAUGAAUCUCACAAAGAUUGACCGUGAAAGGGGACAGCUAAUUGCUCAGACAUUCAAAGAGCUCAACACACAGUAUAAUAAUUACCACAGGCGGGGCACACAGUCUUCCCCACCUUUAGCUGUGAAUCGUGUCAAAGUAACAUUCCGAGAUGAGCCAGGGGAAGGAUCAGGGGUGGCUAGAUCAUUCUAUACAGCAAUUGCUGAAGCUCUCCUUUCUGGUGAAAAGCUUCCUAAUCUAGAGCCUUGUCAGGUUGGUUUAUCUGUGGUAAGAUACAGCUUAUAUGGGCAGUACAAAGGACGGGACAGAGACCGCCGUCAGGGAGCAUCAUCAUCUCGGUUACUGCAGAGAAGAGAGUCCCGAAAGACUCUCUCAGUUGAUGCACGGCCAUUUUACAUGACUGGGGAAGGAACAAGCAAUGAGCAUCUGCCUUCCAAUGUGCUGCAGCUGGGAGAGGCUCUCUUCCCCAAAGUUCAGAACCUGAGACCAUCAUUAGCUAGUAAGAUCACGGGAAUGUUGCUGGAGUUGACUCAUGCACAACUGCUGCUGCUGUCUGCUAGUGAAGAUGCACUACGUCAAAAAGUGGAUGAAGCAGUUGACUUGAUACUUGCUCAGGGUCGAGAUCAUACACCAGAAUAUUCCCCUUCACAUCAAGAUACAGAUGAAGGUGGAGAAGAGCCUGAGGAUGCCAGUGCUCCUUUAUUCUAUCAGCCUGGCAAGAGAGGAUUCUACUCUCCAAGGCAAAGCCGGCCAGGCCUCGAAAGACUUAAUGCAUUCCGUAAUGUUGGCAGACUUCUUGGGUUGUGUUUGCUACAAAAUGAAUUGUGCCCCAUCUACCUGAACCGUCACGUCCUUAAGUAUAUUCUGGGGCGGCCAAUCCGCUUCCAUGACCUGGCCUUCUUUGAUCCUGUGAUGUAUGAGAGUCUGCGUAAGCUGGUGCUGGAUGCGGAAAACAAAGAUACUGGUACUGAUGUCUUCAAAGCCCUUGACUUGACAUUCAGCAUUGAUGUAAUCUCCGAGGAGGGUGGCACAAAUGUGGAACUGAUUAGUGGAGGCCGCAACAUAGAAGUGACCACCAGCAAUGUGUAUGACUAUGUGCGCAAGUAUGCAGAAUACCGAAUGGUAAAGUCACAGGAAAAAGCCCUGCAGAGUGUGCGUGAUGGGGUGUUUGAUGUUAUUCCUGGUGGAUCCCUUGACUCCCUUACUGCUGAAGAUCUACGACUCCUCCUGAAUGGUGUUGGAGAUAUUAAUGUUGCCACCUUGAUAUCAUAUACUUCUUUCAAUGAUGAAAGUGCUGAAUCUAAUGAUCGCCUUAAUAAGUUUAAGCGCUGGCUUUGGUCUAUUGUGGAGAAGAUGACCAAUCAAGAGAAACAAGACCUGGUAUACUUCUGGACAGGUUCACCUGCCUUACCUGCAUCGGAAGAAGGUUUCCAGCCCAUGCCAUCAGUAACUAUCCGACCUGCAGAUGACUCUCACCUGCCCACUGCAAACACCUGCAUCAGCCGCCUCUACAUCCCUUUGUAUUCCACACGCGCUAUUUUGCGCUCUAAGCUCCUAUUAGCAAUCAAGACGAAGAAUUUUGGAUUUGUUUGAGAAGAACCAAAAAAAAAAAGAAUUAUAUAUAUAUAUAUAUAUAUAUAUAUAUAUAUAUAUAUAUAUAUAUAUAUAUAUAUAUAUAUAUAUAUAUAUAUAUAUAUAUAUAUAUAUAAUAUGUAAACAGGAAAAAAAGUCAGGAAAUUGAGACACCUCCCAGACUAGGCCAGAAAACUUGGUUAGUAUAAAGUGAGAAGUUUGUUGAGAAAAACUUUUCCUGUAUUUUGAGGUGUUACAGAAUAUACUGGCACUGCAGAAAGAACAAAUGAGAAUGACAGUUUUCCUUGAUAAUACAAAAUGUGAUGCAUCAAGUGUUGCAGAAAUAUUGCAGUGGGAUUGAUUGAAAAUGACUGGGGAUAAUUAUCUGAAUGAAAUGAAAGUUGCAAAAGCAUAAUCCUAGAAUUCACUUCAAUGGAAAGCCAAUGGUUGUAUCUGUUUUGCUGUUGUGUGAAAGUCAGCAUUCAGCAGCAGUGUGGAAGAUAUUUUGUAUAUAUAAGAUCUAUACAAAGGAAAAUCAGACCUUGCAAAGGAAAGAGUGUUAUGAGUGAUGAAGAUAAUUAAGGUACGCAACUAAGGAAGUGUGAUGCUUUGUGUCGUAUGGAGUAUUUUUCUUUUUUCUUUUUUCUUUUUUUUUUUUUCCCAAAGGUUUAGUAAUUUAUUUUAAGAUUUUUUUUUAUAUAGGUUAUUUUUCCUUUAAGUUAUUUUUCUUUUGAUAAAAUUAUAAUAGAAUGGAAGUAUGAGUGAUUGCAGAGAGAGUGAAGUCAAAACAUGUCCUGUGUGCUACUACAUGCAUUAGACAGCUUUGUUAUAUAAAUAUAUAUACUAUAUCAUAAUAGUCCUCUUGAGUCCUAAGUCAAGUCUUCAAGACACAUUUCAGAUUUCCAUUUGUGGUGUAAGUACAGGGUUAAGAUUGGGCAUCAGUAUACUACUUUCAAACCUUACAUGUAUGGUUGAAAUGAUUUUAGCCAAAUGAGGCAAGAUAUCAUCCAAAACUCUUCCAAAGGUCAAGAUAAUAAUGCCAACAGUUUACUGUUAGGCACUGUGUGAUUUGCUUAUGCAUUUUCUCAUUCACAUUGAGUUAAUAAUUAUUUCACAACUGAAAUGUUCCAUUGCAAGUUAUGCAUUUUAUUUCAUAUCAGUUUGAAAAAGUUACUUUGACAUUCAGGUAUGGCCAAGGAGCAUAAUCCCCUGUAUGCUUUGACAAUAGAUCAUGUUCAUUAUCACAUAGGAUGAAAAUAUUCUGUAUAUGUAUUUUACCUUGUUUGGUGAUGCCCUGUAUGUGAUAUGAUAGGAAGUCUCAUACAUAGUCCAUUCUCUCUCUCUCUCUCUCUCUCUCUCUCUCUCUCUCUCUCUCUCUCUCUCUCUCUCUCUCUCUCUCUCUCUCUCUCUCUCUCUCUCAACAUCGUGUUCUACUGGGUCCAUAGAGUUGACAAAACAAUGAAUGUAUGUAUAAAGUUGUAUAUGAUGCAGUUUGUAAUAUGCAGGAUAUCAGGGUGCUGGAUUUCAAUAUCUCAUACUUACGUAUGUUUAAAAAUAAAAUCCCCAGGAAAAUAUAAGAGUUACCUUGUUUCAUUUAGCAUCUGCUUCAGCAAAUUGCUAGUAAUUUUGUUGUAAGUUUGAUACUAUUAUUAUUAUUAUUAUUAUUAUUAUUAUUAUUAUUAUUAUUAUUACCAUUGUCUUAUUAUUUUUAUUAUUAUUAUUACUGUUUUAUUAAUGAUUUAUAUAUAUUAAUUUAUUAAAUUUUUACUAAGAAGUGACUUCAUUUACUUGGUGUUUUGAAGUGUAGUAUUUCACCAAGCCAGGAAUGUACACAGUGAAGUCGUCUCAGUAAUAACGUCAGAUUCUUGCAUUCUAAAUUGUUAUUUAUUUUCAUGUUUGAUUUGCUUUAUUUAUUCAAUUAUCCAUGAAGCUACAGUAAUAUCUGAGGUUCAAUAUGGAUUCUAUCUUUUAUAAUUUAAUUUAUUUUCAUUCCUAAUGCAAGCCUCAUUUCAUUGUGAAUGAUGUUGAGUAUCGUGCGAGGAAUUGAAUAGUAUGGGGGCAGUGAAACCAUAUUUAUUUUGAAAGUGCAACAACCAUUAUAGCAUUUUUUUAACGGCAUGUAUUUAAUAAGAUGCAACUUUUGAAGAUUAAAAAGUUUUAUUGUCUUCGUAUUAUAUGUAAUAUGAAAUAAAUACUUGCACGA